GCGGGGGGCGUGAGGGGCGUGAGGGGGCGGCCGGGCCGGGCCGGGCUGCGGGCGCCGUGUCGCGACUCACCUCGCCUGGCGCGAUGCUCCCCGCUGAGGGCAGGCCUCCGCACCCUCUUCGCCGUUCCCUUCCCCCGCCCGGCGGCGGGGAUGACGCACGUCCGGCGCGGUCCGUGCGCAGGGCCCGCCCCCGCAGCCAUGCCCGCCGGCGUGCCCUGGCCCAUGUACUUGCGGGCGCUGGCGGCCAGCAUGCUGGCCAUGUUCGCGGGGGCCGAGGUCGUGCACAGGUACUACAGGCCUGACCUUAGCGUACCUGAAAUACCUCCUAAGCCUGGAGAACUGAGAACAGAACUGUUGGGUCUAAAAGAAAGAUCAAGCGAAGUUCAGACUUCACAACAGUGACCAGAGUUUAUUUUCCAUUGAGAAAACUAGAACUGAUAAAAUAUUUAUCCAACUGUUUAAGUUGCAGAAAUACAUAUGUGAAAUAUUGUG